AUGUCAUCUCAUGAUUCAAUGGGUUUAGUCUUUGAGUGUUUGUCAAAAGGUGCAGCUGACUUCCUGGUUAAACCUGUACGUAAAAAUGAGCUGAAGAAUCUUUGGCAGCAUGUCUGGAAGAGAUGCCCCAGUUCUAGUGGAAGUGGGAGUGAAAGUGGUACUCGAACUCGAAAAUCUGUGAAAUCAAAAAGUAGGGACAAGUUUGACAACAGUGGCAGCUAUGAUGGGGCAACUAAUGAGAGCAACGGUUUAGAAGAUGUUGGUGAUGGAAGUGAGGAUGGGAGUGAUGCUCAGAGCUCUUGGAUAAAACAAGCUGUAGAAGUUGGCCGCUCUAAAGCCAUGUCCCCAAUAGAUCAGCUAGCUGACUGUCCAGACAGCACCUCUGCUCAAGAUACCUGCUCAAAUGCCGAAGCGGCUGCCAACAAAAUGUUGCAAAAUAUUAUAGCAAGGAAAGCACAUAAAGGAAAAGAACAUGAUACCGUUGCAAAGGGUAAAAGCUUUCAGACAGUCAUCCCCAGGAACUCAGAAUCACAAUCUGAAAACCCAAAUGAAAGUCACCUAGAACUUCAAGGUGCAGAGCAACUGUCAUUGCUGGGAAUAGAUUGCAAUAUAAACAAUAAUCAAGUUGAUAAGGGACAAUUCAAGACCACUGGUGAAUGCCUGUUCAGCAAACACAAGGAUGUCACUGCUAACACGUCUAGUCCUUGGAUUGAUUGCAAAGUAUCUGAGUGUACUAGAGAAGUGGCAAAUAUAUCAGAAAUUUACAAUAAUGUGACUGAUAAAUCUAAAAAACCAAACAAGGAGCUUAGAUUAAAGAGAUUUAGAGGAGUUCAGGAAAUUGGGAGGACUGUUCAGGAUGACCGAUGUGUCUUGAGACAUUCUGAGCAAUCAGCCUUCUCAAGGUAUAAUACAUCCUCAAAUGUCUUCAAGACCCCUAAUGGGAUCACCGCAAGCAGUUCAGUAGUUGAUUGUAGUGUAGAAAGUGCAACAAGAGAGACGGCUUUUGACUUACAAGCUCAUUCAAUUGACCAUCUUCUAUGUCAAAGUUCAAAAGGGAGUAGCAAUAAUAUAGAUAUGGGAUCCACAACUAAAAAGCUUAGUACAUUCCUGCCAAUUGUGAAGGAUAAGUCCGAAGCAACAUCUACAAUUAACCCUUCUGCUCUCAGACCUGUGAAAAAUGACCUUACAUACGCCCAACAGAAAGUCAAUCUAGUUAUACACAAUGACAUGCAAACUACAGAAAACUUAGCUGUAGCAAGAGGCUCAAAUGAGGAUGCCCUGCACCCUUAUCAUCACCACCAUCAUUGCCAUAAUUUCCCCAACUUGGAACAACAGCCACCAUCGGACCACAAUGAAUUGUCCCUAAAGAAAUUGACUGCAUAUUCUCCAUGCAGUGGAUCAUCAAAUGUAUUUGGUGAACCCAUGGAUGCUAACCUCAGAAACUAUAGUUUGAAUGGACAUGCCUCAGGAAGUAAACAUGGAAGCAAUGGGCAGAAUGGAAGUAGCACUGCUUUAGGGUUUAAUGCAGAAGGUGAUCUAGGGCAAGCUGGAAAAAAUGGAAGCGAAGAUGCUAGCGGCAGUGGUAGUGGAAAUAAAAGAGGUGAAAAUAAACUUGCACUGCAAAAAGAUGCCUUGAACAAGAUUUGUCAGAAGAGGAAGGAAAGAUGA